AUUAAGAAUCACUUACCCUCCUCACAAAAAAAAUCUAAAGGCAAAAUGAUGCAAACCAAAAUCUCUUCUUUCUCUCGACCAGGCUUCACUCUCUAUGAACCAAGAGUAGUUCAUCACCGUCGUAUCUCCAUGGCUAUAUGCUCAUCAUCAUCCUCACCAUCACCGUUUCACCAUCUUCUCUGCAAAUCCACCUUCCCACUCGCUGCCUCACUCACCCUUCUCCUCUCUCCUUGUUCAGCUGAAGCAGGCUUAAUGUCGGGAUCAACUGGUAUAGAAUCAGUUCCAGGUCCCGAAUUACCAAAAAUCGAGUUCCUUGACAGUUUCAAUGCAAAAAACCAGAAGUUCUAUGCUGAGAACGAUGCCAGAUUCAAAGAAUCUCCACUUCUCAAGAAACUACUUGAGAAUUCCAAACUAAACAAAGAAAAGAAUGAAAGAGAGAUUCAAGACAAAUACUGUCUAAGAGGAGCAGAAUGGGGAGUAGGAGAUUGUUCAACCACAGGAAUGACAGAUGAAGAGAAAGAGAAGUUCAUCGCAAUGUUGAAAAAGAAGACUGGUGUUGAAUAAAAAAUGUCUGAAUCACAUAAUUGUAUUUUUUGCAAGAAUGGCUUUAGAGAGAAUCUAUGCUAAUUGUCAAGUUAUCAAUC